AUGAAGCAGUGUGCCCUGAGGAGGAGGAUAACAUUGUGUUUGGUGGGAGCUUCCAGUGGGCUACUGUCUUCCCCUGGUAUGGUGAGUCCUCAAGCCCCCAAUCCUGUAUGCUGCAGUGAUGAUACUGGGUCCCAGCCUGGGGUGAUGUGGCCUACCCCUCUUGGGAAAAUAGAUAUACCAGCUGCCCCCACUGAAUCUCUCUCCUUCAUGAAUGAUGAGUGUGUUGCAAUGGCAGCUCAAUGUUCUUCUGAGCUGGUGGAGUCUGAGGGAGAUGAAGAAGAUGAUGAUGAUCUCUGUGACUCCUCAUUGGUUCCUGAUGUUCCAGUGAGUCAGCUAGAUAUGAAAGGUGGGCAUUGUGUGGAGGAGAUUAGUGAUAUUUUGGAUAGCACCAAAGGGAAACAGGGAGUUGAGGUUGAGGCCUAUUUCCCUGAUUUACCACACUUUGUUCACUCAGCUGCCCUUGGCUUGAGAGAUAUCGUGGUUGAUGUCUUUAAAGUGCUUGCACCUCUUAAUGGCCAGCAUUCUUUUGGACCUGCAGUUGGGCUCCACACACUCAAGCCUCAGCACAAUCUUCUUCGUGGUCUUGGCCUUCUUACGGAAGAUAGGCUUUGUCUGACCACCAUAACCACUCUGCUUCCGAUCAUAUCUCCUCUUUCCUUGAGCAUAGAGAGAGUCCUUUCCCUUCUUGUACUGGGUCACUUUGUGGGGCUGGUGCUUGCCACAUUUCUUGCAGUAAGUCCUGCGGGUUUUGGGGACGUUCACCAUCCUGCCAGACGGCACAGAAAGAAGGAACCUGAUCCUUCUUUCCGCGCCGUCGCUGGCAGGAUGGUGAACGUCCCCAAAACCCGCAGGACUUACUGCAAGAAAUGUGGCAAGCACAAGCCCCACAAAGUGACCCAGUACAAGAAGGGAAAGGACUCUCUCUAUGCUCAGGGAAAGAGGAGAUAUGAUCGGAAGCAGAGUGGUUAUGGUGGUCAGACAAAGCCUAUCUUCCGUAAGAAGGCCAAGACCACGAAGAAGAUUGUGCUGAGGCUUGAGUGUGUGGAGCCCAACUGCAGGUCCAAAAGAAUGCUGGCCAUUAAGAGGUGCAAGCACUUUGAGCUGGGAGGAGACAAGAAGAGAAAGGGCCAGGUGAUCCAGUUCUAAACUCAAUCUUGUUCAUUGUUAU